AUGCCACUCGCUCCCUUGCCACCGUGUCCCGUUAUCCGAGCCUCCAACCUGAAUAAUGGGUGUGUGUCUUCGAGUACCAGCACACUUGACGGUCCAAAGAAAUCCCGAUCUAUCCUUGAGUUCCCGGUUGAAAUUCUGACGAACAUCGCCGUCGAAUUAGCAAUAAACCAUCCCAGCCAGCGGUAUCGUGCUUUAAAGACUAAUCAGUUGGGAAAGCUACUUCGCAUAGAAGCUAGGAAAUCAAACCUGAUUGAGUUCAAAGAGCUGUUGAAUUUCGGGCUGACUUGCAAGUAUCUCCAUUCGAUUUGCGAACGGAUUUACCAGAAACAAGUAGUCCUCACUCUGCCCUCCACGAGACAUACGUUGAGUCAAUCACGACGAGACCAGUGCGGCCGAGCUCAUAGCGCUUCUGGCUAUCCAUAUACGAGAACAAUUGAAACCCAUGACUCAGUUGCCAGAGGCUGGUCCGGGGCCCAAAAUGUGAACUGGUUGUUCAUUUCGAACCAGGCUUCCUAUCAACCAAAGUAUUCGGCAAUGUUUUCAGGUCUGGUUAGCUCUACAGCUAGACUUGCCAGGUCUUUUUCAAAUCUCAAGUUCCUAUGCCUUUCCCGCCUGAAUGACGAAACCAUCUUAUCGUGUUUAGAAAGAGGAGUCGGAAAAAACUUACAGGCGUUGUCUAUUACUCUCUCAGAAGUGGAUGACUCAGAGUCGUCGCUCCGAGGUCUGGCUAUUCGUAUAACGCGUUUAAAGACGAUCUCCCACCUUCAAGCGAUUCAACUGAAUGACAUAGAGCCUACCUGGGUCGGGCUAAUCAACCAAGUUAAUAACCUCAAAGAGAUUUCCCUUCAUAUCACCAACUUCACCCCGAAAAUUGUGCAACUUCUUCAUAGCCACAAAAGUCUUCGAAAGCUGGAGAUUUUUGGAGGACUUCGAGAAUCACGUACGGGCCCAGCAUUCUUUCAGCUGGUUCACCGAAAGUUCCCCGAUAUCGAAGUGUUCAAGUGCGGGCUUCACUUCGCGGGGAAGGAAAAUUUAUAUCAUGGUGAAGUCAACCAAUAUGCCACGGCACUGGCACAAUUUCCAUAUCUUAGACAAUUUGUCUUCAACCACUUCAAUUUCCCGCAUCUUUUGGAUCACUCUUCUGCUGCCACCGAUGUCGUCCUUGAAAAGUUCCGCUGCUAUUCAGCACCCUAUCUACUCGAAUCACAAAGCCUACGGGAGCUAAUUUCUGUAGAUUUCUCAGAUCAGAAGUCAGUGAGUGGUAUAUCAGCUGAGAAAACUGGUUUUAAUCAAGAUAAGCACAAAACACCAACUUCCGCAUGGGCAAAAUCCGGUGAAUUUCCUCCUAAAUGUGUUUUCAAAGCCUGGAAUCUCGGCGGAAAUCAAAGCGAGCCGAUGUCGGACCUUGCCGGGAAGGCAGAUAGCCUUCCUACUGAUGAUGAAUCAGAAUGCUCUAAUGGACCUACGAUCAAAAUGCGAAAAAUUCAUGACGUCCGAGAAACAAUCAUGGUCUCAUUCGAACAUCGUUGGGCAAAAAUUGAUUGA